UUUAUAAAAAAAAUUAAACUUUAUCCAUAUAAUUAUUACAUUUUUUCCGGUAAAUAUAUAAUAAUUACAUUUGAUACUUUCUUUAUAAUAAAGCUUCCCUCCAUUUCCACCACCCUACCCUUUCAACCCCAACUGCCAUGUUUCCAUUUUACCUUUACAUCUUCCAUCUCUUCUUCCUCACCUCACUGCCACUCCUUCCGGCCAGACAGUCACCGGAGUCCACCUCCGACCCGGUGACUGUAAUAACCGUAAAAAAGAGCCAUAACCACACGUGGCACGAAUUCAAGAGGUUCCUGGAUGCUAGCAGAGGCAGCCACGUCACCGGCAUGUCGGAGCUGAAGAAGUACUUUCAUCGUUUCGGGUACCUUCCGGUGCAAGCUAUCAAUUUCACCGAUUCAUUCGAUGCCCAGCUCGAACACGCCAUAACCCGGUAUCAAGCGAAGCUAGGGUUACCGGUCACCGGCGCCCUUGACUCCGAUACCCUCUCUCAGAUCAUGUCACCGAGAUGCGGUGUACCGGACAAUUCACCCACGCUGCAUGUGCAUGCAACCAGACAUUACGCGUAUUUCACCGACCAACCGAGGUGGUCGAGAAGUAAACCGAUGAAUCUGACGUAUGCAUUCUCGCCGGAAAAUAUGAUCCGGUCCUUAAGUUUGUCGGAGAUAAGGGUUGUGUUUAAACGUGCUUUCGGCCGGUGGGCGUCGGUAAUUCCGGUGAGUUUCGUCGAGACUGACGAUUACGGAUUCGCCGAUAUCAAGAUAGGGUUUUACAGGGGUGAUCACGGCGACGGAGAGCCGUUUGAUGGGGUGCUUGGAGUGUUGGCACAUGCAUUUUCACCCGAGAGUGGGAGGUUCCACCUUGAUGCUGCGGAAACGUGGGCCGUUGAUUUUCAAUCAGAGCAAUCGACGGUGGCGGUUGAUUUGGAAUCAGUGGCUACACAUGAGAUUGGGCAUUUGUUAGGUCUAGCCCACACUUCUGUUAAAGAGGCAGUUAUGUACCCUAGCUUGAAACCCAGAAAUAGAAAGGUGGAUUUGAAGCUUGAUGAUAUAAAGGGCAUACAAAUUCUUUAUGGAUCGAACCCUAAUUUUAAGUUCUCUUCCUCAAUGGAAUCUGAUAUUUCUUCAAAUCAAGCCGUUGAUUUAAAGUUUAGAUCAUCAAUGUGGGCCACUUUGAUUCUGGCUUUGAUGUUGUAUCUGUGUAUGUAAAUAUCACGUUUGGACACACAUAUCUAACCAAAAUAGGAGUCAAGGAUGAUCAGCAAGCACAAACUGAAGAUAUUUUAGGGUUGAUUUUUGUAAUUUUUUUUCCCCAAAUUUAUAUAUUCUUUUGUAAGACUUUGUAAUGGUGUAAUAUUCACAAUUUAAAGUGUAUAAGCAUUCUUUAUUUUUUUUUAUUUUUUUUGAGCAUUUAAGCAUCAAAAUAUGGGGGGGAAAAAAUCAAAAUAACGACUUUGUAGUACAUAGUACAGGCCCCCAAGUGGACUGUAUGGGAGUCUC